AUGCCCAUCAUCAUCGCCUCCCUCUGCCGGCGAGGCCACGUCGGGCCUCUCCUCGUAAAUAAAGAAUCGCUUCAUAAUGCUGCCUUGGCCGUCGCCCGCCUUAUGGGUGCUCUUCAUGGCCCAGCUUCCCCUGCCGACGCCGCGGUGGAAUCGGGUCGGUCCCCGGAGCUUGAGCCUGGCGAAAGCGCAGAACCAGUGACCCACCACGGUCUUGUCGAACAUCUCCCACGGGUUCAGGUCGCCGUACACGUCGAUUUCCGGCAGAAGCUGGCUCGGCGGGCAGCCCGGGUGGUUCCUCCGUGGCGCGUCCUGAGCUGGAGGUAG